GGAGUGGAGCGGUCUUGUCACGCGAAUCAAUUCUGCCGCACGAACCGGGAGAAAACGACUGAUUGUCGGGUGGGAUACACGCGCUUCGUUGCCGGGACACACGGACACGGAAAAGGAGACCCACUGCCAAACGGUUUGUGCAUCGGUAUUUACGGGGUCCGUUUGUUUUUUUCCGUGUCAGCUGUUAAAGAGUGCUAGAAACAAAAAUCACCUAGCAGCGGAUUGCACGGAUUAAGUGCCUGUUAUAGUGGGGGGGGGAUUGAAUCAGAAAAAAUACAGUGUUAAAAUGGUUGGUGUACAAAUAUGUUCACUGUAUAAUUGCAGGAUUCUGUCGAUUAUUGAAUAAGUGCUUCCAGCCAGGGUCUCGCACAACUUGUUUCCGCCAUGAAUCAGCGGCAGCUUGAUUCGAGAAGCUGAUAAGAAGGUAUUUUUAUCCUCGCGUGGGAAAUAUUGGUUUGAUAUCGGCUAUUGAUAUCAGCCUUCUUUCAUGGGGUAGCAAUGAGUGUUUGUUGUGUACCCUGCUGAAUGCGUUUGGGUGUGGGAUGUUUUUCACCAGUUUGUUGAUGGGGGCUGAUGGGUGGUUGACGACGACGACGACGACGACGAUACGACUAUCUGCUGCUGGGAUGUGUUACUGACUGCAGUAGUGUAGUGUGGAAGGAUAUCUUGGCAGGUGGAGAACAAAUAGGAGAAAUUUCUACGCAUCGUGUAGGGAUAGUAAAACCGGUGAACUCUGGACUACCGCUUUGGAACCAGAACCAAUUUGGACAUCCAAGUUUCUGAAAAUAGAGCAAGCACUCACCGUGUACCGGAUCGGCAGUAGUCCGGACUGGAUGCCUCACCCGGGAAAAUUGGAUUUUAUUAGUCCAAGUUAUCAACUGAUCGACAACUAGAAAAAACUUUGUUUAAAAGGGAGCCACUUUUCCAGUGUUUUUCUUGGAUGGUGAAAACGAUCCAAUGGUAAAGGUGUGAUUGCUGCCCAUCGAUUUUCAACGAAUUACAACGAGUGAUUUUUUGGCUGCGCUGCCCUGCCUGUGAUAGGUAGUAAAGUGUUUAAAAUCAUUAAGUGAGUGUGUUUAGUUGCUUGAGCUCUAUCUAUCUGGCUUACAUUUUCGCGGGGAAUGCCAAACAUCCGAAAAUUAGCUCUUGUGCGGGGGUGCCAAGCUAAGCUGUAACGAAUUCGCAAUAACAUCCGUUGUUCGGUGGAAAUUUGUAUUUUUUCGGUCUGUUUUCCGUUGCUUCGUUUUGAGAGCGAAGCCGCGCGCUCGAAAUUGCGUCGGUGUGAAUAUAAAAUUUAAUUAUAAUUGAAAUUACGUUAAUACACAUUGUUUGGCGCUCGAAAUUUACUUGUACGUGUUUCUGAGUUACAACUGCCGGUAGGUUUUUCCACACCCACAAGUUUGAACACCCGGAUUAGUUCAGCGGAAAAGUGGAUGAAGAAAAUCUCCUCCUUCCCCGUUUCGGUCAAACACGUGAGAGAUUUAUUCGCCAAACAGGUGAAAAAGUCGGGGUUUUCGGAAAGCGGAAAAUACACUGUGUUUAUUCGGUCCAUUGAAGUUUGAAGUUACCGAUAGGAGAGCAAAAUUCUAGCCCUGGGUUGUGUAAAGCGCCUUAUUCGUAUCAAAGAAGCAAAAAAAAAAAGAGUCAAAUAUUCAUUCACUUCGUUGCAGUGUUUCAUCUUCUUCGUUAUUUUUCCACUCCAAGGUAAAGCAGACGCCUGUUAAGAGUGGAGGCGUCACAAUAUUUGUUUGAAUCUGGGGAAGCAGAGCAAAAAGUAAAUUCUAAACAAAAAUCCAUCAGCCAAGUUGUCUCGAAUUCAGUGAAUUAUUGUGAGAAGAGAAAAAAAAAUCAACCGAAGGAAACGAGCUCCGUGGAAGAUGAGCUAAUUUCGUGAUUGUGCUUUCGUUACACACCCACCACAUUUGGGAAAAGCGAGUGAACCGGUGAUUUCAAACCAGAGAGCAAAGCUCCCACCCACUGCUGCGAAGUUGCUAAGAAAAACAUCACAAUCCCACUCUUUCCACGAGAAAAGCAAUAGCGAAGAAUACAAAAAAAUAAAAAAUAAAAGUUACAUCACACACCGAGUAGUCAAAAUCCAGCGAAACGAAACCAGCGAAAACUAACUAACUGAAACAGGACGAAGAGAAGCAAACACAAGAAAAAAAACACCAAGGAAACAUCUAAAGGAUUUACUAACCCACAUCCCUGUGAAUCCGAAAGGAAAGUAUACAGUAUAGGCUACGGAUACCGGACUACGAUUUCCUACAAAAUCGGCACAGCACAAGUGUGUGCGUGGGUGUGCUGCAUGUGUAUGUAAGAAAGAAAAAAUCGUCUGUUGGGCUGUGCUGUGAAUUGAUAGAGCGAUAAAUAUUGGAUUAGCAGCGAGAGCAUUUUUCAUCCUCCAAUGCAUUAAAGGCAUCAAAAUGAUAUUCAUUAAACAAAAGUGAUAUGAUGAUAAAAAACGCUUCUAGGAAUUAAAGGAUGGACUUCGCAUUUUAUUUAAUCAUACAUUUCCGACUGAUUAGUAAGAUACAAAAGUAGCCGGGGUCCGGUGCUAAGGUCUAGCGAACGUCGCCGUCCACAGAGUAUAUCGUCAUCCACCUCCACACUGCUGCCCCGUGUGGUGCUGAACCGAAUCGAUCCGAGGGAGUUUGAGCGUAUCCGCGUCUCGUACAAGGUUGCCAUCCGCAGUACCCGCAGCAGUCGUACCAACAACAGCAGCGCGCACCCUGGCAUGAACAUGGGCCAAAAGAUCAGCGGAGGUGUUAAAACGGUCAACAGCCGCGACCAGCCAUCGCCAUUCAUUCCGAAGAUCCCCCGGGAGCUGGCAGCACAUUUUCAGCGGCCGCCACGCCUAGAUCUGCUUCUGGAUAUGCCCCCGGCCCCGCGAGAAACACAGGUCAAAUACAGCUGGAACUCGGAGGACCGCUCCCUGAAUGUAUUCGUGAAGGAGGACGACAAAAUGACAUUCCACCGGCAUCCGGUGGCACAGAGCACAGACUGCAUACGAGGCAAGGUCGGAUUCACCAAGGGUCUGCACGUGUGGGAGGUGUUCUGGUCGACGCGGCAACGCGGAACCCAUGCUGUGAUCGGUGUGGCCACCUCCGAAGCGCCACUCCACUCCGUAGGUUAUCAAAGUCUGGUCGGCUCGAACGAUCAGAGCUGGGGCUGGGACCUAGGGCGCAAUAUGCUGUACCACAACUCGAAGACCUGCCCCGGUGUCACCUAUCCCGCGAUACUUAAGCCAGACGAGACGUUCCUGGUGCCGGACAAAUUCCUAGUAGCAUUAGAUAUGGACGAGGGCACGCUCAGCUUCAUCGUCGACGGCCAGUAUCUGGGGGUGGCUUUCCGGGGGUUGAAGGGCCGGAAGCUGUACCCGAUCGUGUCCGCCGUCUGGGGGCACUGCGAAAUCACCAUGAAGUACAUCGGUGGCCUCGAUCCUGAACCGUUGCCAUUGAUGGACCUGUGCCGACGCGUCAUCCGGCAGAAGAUCGGCCGGACGCACCUCGAGGAACGCAUCGAACACCUCCAGCUGCCACAGUCGAUGAAAACUUACCUGCUGUACCGGGAUAGGAGAUAAUAAGAGGAGCCACCGCCGAAAGUCGCCCCCCGAAAGCCGCUCACUUCCGCUUCCGCCCUGCCGAACGUCUUCUCAAACAUCAACAACAACAACAGCAAACAUCAGCGCGAGCAAACAGCGUGAAAUGCCCCGGAACAUACACACCACAACUAGCAGCUGCAUCUACUAUUGAUUAUUUAAAAUAAUUUUUAUGCUUAUGACAAGAAGAAAAACACAUUUUUUACAAAACAGUUCGCUUGAAAAAAAAAAACAGAAAUCUGAGUUGAAUUACACUUUUGACCUUCUAAAUUUGACCUCGAGAGAUGCUAGGAGGGACCCAAUUCUGGGAGCUGUGUGUGAGACGUCCCCCCCAAAUCCCCUUCCCUUAUAUUUUAAAUUUAAAAAAAUACCUUCGUCUGUGCGUGUUUCGAGUGGUAUCAAUCAAUGGUAGGAGAAAAAGAGAGCGCAAGAUCGAUAUCAGUACGUUUUUAUUAGGGACUGUGUUUCUUAGGAUGAGUUUAUAUAUAAAUAUAUUUUUUUCUCGAUCGAGAAAAGCAAUAAUAAGUGCAUUUCGAGCCCCCGUUUCCCCAAGAAUAAAAAAAAAGAAAAUUGGGGGCACAGAAAGCGCAGCAUACACACAAGAAUAAGAAGUUGAAGAGCAAGAAGAAGAAACUGACACACAACUCUGUGCGAAUAGGGAAAAGUUCCCACCCCCCAAUCUCACAAACUUUUUUUUUAACAUACGGAUUCUGCGAUAAGUAAAACUUAAGGACAUAGUAGUGUAACAUUAGGAAAGGCAAAUAAAUAAAAGUAAAGAAUUAAAAAAGAGGAAAAACAGAUGCAAACAUAAAACAGAGAAAAGAGAUAAAAAAUACUGUAGUAGUAUAUAUAUUGAUGAACAAAUGCAAAUCUAAGUAAAAGUAAUACAGAAGAGAGUAAAAAAAUAAAUUUGGCAAACAU